GAAAACCCCGAACACAGACCACUCUCACCCGAACCGCAGCAUCUCGACAUGGCUUCAAAGUGCCCCAAGUGCGAAAAGACGGUGUACUUCGCUGAAAAGGUGUCAUCGCUGGGGAAAGACUGGCACAAACUGUGCCUCAAAUGCGACCGCUGCAACAAGCUGCUGAAUGCCGGAGGCCACGCUGAGCACGAUGGAAGGCCCUACUGCCACAAACCAUGCUAUGCUGCCCUCUUUGGGCCAAAAGGCGUGAACAUCGGCGGAGCGGGCUCUUAUGUGUACGACACGCCGGCAAACAACAACCUCUCGUCCACUAGCGUGGAUUCAGCCGCCAAAACUGAAGAGAAGCGAGUGUUCGUACCCAAGGCUCCGUCAAAAGCUGGAAGCAUCACCACUUUCUCCGGAGAGGCCAACCUCUGCCCCCGCUGCAACAAGAAGGUGUAUUUCGCUGAGAAGGUGACAUCGCUGGGCAAAGACUGGCACCGGCCCUGCCUGCGCUGUGAGAGGUGCAGCAAGACUCUGUCUGCUGGCAGCCACGCAGAGCAUGACGGCCAACCCUACUGCCACAAACCCUGCUACGCCGUUCUGUUCGGGCCCAAAGGCGUGAACACUGGCGGCGUGGGCAGCUACAUCUAUGACAAGGAGCCCAGCGCCGUGACCGAGCCCUGAACCUCUGUCCCCUCCGCCUCACCCCCUCUUCUCUGCAACACCACUGACCGUCAGCCGCAGUGUUAGCUGUAGCCUCCGUUCUCCUCCCCGUACCUGAGACGACCAGCCUUUUGCUCCAAACCCCCCCUCCUCGCUCUCUCUCUCUCUCUCUCCUGGCAUCACAGAAAUCAUUACAAACACAGAGGUUUAUAAAUAGAACAUUUCCAAGAGGGCACAGACGCCGUCGGCAUUCCCACAUUAGCGUUUUUCCAACAUCCUGAACGUCACUGCAAAAAAACAAAACAAAACACAAAGGUCUUAAUUUUUUUAACCUUUCGCCCACAGAGCGGCUCAAUCAUGCAUGUUGCAAACAACUCACUGUGAUUCUCAGGCAUGGAAAGGUGCAUUGUGGGUAAAAGUGAAGUGCAGCUUGGCCCUUGCAUAUGCACAGGUGGUGCUCAGGAGCACUUUGCCAAGAGAUCUGUACUUUUACAAAAGCCAUAUUUACAGUUUGGCUGCCUGACAGCAUUCCUCAUGUAGGCAGAAAAAAACAAAAUGCUUCUGUUUUAAAAAAAAAAAAUCUCGACAUAUUGCAAAAAGAUGGGGACGAGGCAGCUCCUUUAUGGUUUUAAACCACCCAACAAGAAACUAAGCAACUUUAAAUAAUCUACUUUUGAUAAUAAUGCAAGUAACCAUUUUUAUUUGUCAGAAUUUGGAUAAUGAGACAUUUUGCUAAUUUAAUGUAACACAAACGUCACGUUAUUUUUUUAUCUGAAAAGCAGGGGGGGUUGUGGGAUCAGGCUCUGUUCAAACACUGACUUAUUGCUUUAAUUUAUGUCCUAUUAAAUUUCAUCAGCCAUCGUACUCCCACCUCAGAGUGUGAAGAAAGUCAGACGAGGCGACGCGAGCUGUAUAAAUCUCUACGAUCAAGAUUUUUUUUUUAUUAUUGUUUUCAAUGAAGUAACCCUGCUGUUAUUUUCCGGGAGAUGACGCGCUAUUCGAAGUAUUAUAUUUGUUGCCGUUAGCAGAUAGUUUAGCCGGUAGGAACUCAGACACCGCAGACAAGUCAUUCUGUAAGAAUGUGCGUUUCACGUAUUAUUGUAUGACUGUUACUGUUUAUUACCUGUUGUACACUGUAGGGCUUAAUAGACACACUGCAGGGCUGCUGGUAGGAGUCACACCUGCUGCGUUCGUCUUUUUAAUCCCUCCGAGGAAUAUUUCUGAAACUCUUCAUCGGUGUUACUGUUUGACGGAUUCUGAACUUCUUUUCGUGUUCAUGAAUUGCAAUAAACAAACACUAAA